UUUCGGGUCGAGCGCUAGGAUCUACGUCGACACUAAGACCGAACUAAUCGGGGACGUUCUAGUUGUCGUUUACUAAAGAAACCAAGACACUAAAGUGUCGCUGCUGUUUCAGUGGUUCGGUCCCUCAAGUGUUUUUCACCCCUCGUUCGGUUCCGCGUUAUUUUACGUUUGUUUUGAGUCCCAUCUAGCCCCGAGUUAGAUCUGGCGAGGAGUUUUACAGUUCUCAAGAGAGCAACUUAUUUAACAAAGUGCUGACUUGUCUUCUUUGAAGUGUGUGUGUUUUUGUUUAUUGUGUGAAUUUCAAUUUAGUUUCCUACUUAGUACUUCCUUAUUGGAUUGUUUUUAUUUAGGUGACAGUGAGAAGUAUUAUCGAUUGGACUUCACUCUCGCGCUGCAAUAGUGAUGUGUUAAUAAUAAAUAUUACAGGGGAAAUUUUCAUACCAACAUAAGCUUGCGAAACUCCAGGGAGCGAACGCAAUCAUCCCUAGUCGGAGAAUAGCAGAAAUACCGACCGACCAAUGGAAGAUGUCGGAGCGCGAAAAAGAAUGGGGUGGGCUGGUGGCGGGUGACACCGGCCCCGCGAUGCUAUCGAUCUCCGCGGGAAAGUCUCGCUCACAGCCUCCAGACAAGGGCACGGCGGGAAGCCGGGCGGCAGCGGCGGAGUCUCACGGGGGAAACCACGCCGUGGGGAUACCGGAAAAGCAACGGCAGACGUUCUCUCCCCUCGGCUGUAGCGCACCGGAAGCGGUACUACCGUCUCGAGGCAAGAAAGCGUUGUGCUCCCGCCACAGUGAGCCAGAACCGCUCCAAGAUCACCAAGAUCGCACGUGCGUGGGCGCGGGUGGGCUCUCGUCGCGCAGCCAGUCGCCCAAACACCUCCUUGAGCCGCGGAGACACAGCAGCGGUAAGGAAGCGCUCCGCAACGCGCAUGUCCAACGUGAACACUUGACCUCUGACCCCGCUGUCACCUAUAUCCAAGAUGGCGGCACCAAAACGGAUACCUGGAAGACUUCCGGAAAUUCAAAUGAGACGGACAUACUCUUGGGUUGCCUGAUAGACCCCAGUGAGGGCCAGAACAAAAAUUUCAGAAAGGAUUAUGCAGCUCUCGACAACUCUGAGUCAACAUUCACUUCGCCCCCGCGUUUGUUUCGCUGCAGACGACAAAAUCGAGUUCAGUCCCCUGAUGACCCGGAAACAAAUAGAACAUUACCGAAACCUGUGCAUUCGCUCUCCGACAGCAACUUUCCUGCUAACCUAGAAUCAUGCUGUAAGUUCUACGUAGACGGACGAUCGCUUGACAUCUCAUCGGAUAAACUUUCCGUCGAGACCGAUGACCCGAGCAGUGUUUUCAUUUCUUCCCCUACUCGCAAUGACGAGAUACUGCAGAAGCUGUCUAGCGACAGGAAGCGAUCGUCAGCCGAUCGAGAAUCGGUAAUUUCCGUGACCACCAGCGAUGACCGGCACUCUGGCUCGUUUGAGCUCGGCGGUAAGAAGAAAAAGAAGACUAAGAACCGGUUCAGCAACGCCAGUGAACAAGAUCGGUCUAGCCUUUCCCUGAGCGUCCCCGCUUCCCGCGGCAACAGCGACACAGGGGCUGCGGACGAUGAUACCAACAGGCCCCCGUCUUCCAGCAGCAGCACGAAAGCCAGCCAUCGGCGCUUCGCCAAGAGGGGCCUCAGUGGGGUGUUCCCUAGCUCCAACUGGAGACGCCUGCGCAACACGCUGAAGGCCGCCAAUGAAAUGCAAAGCAACAAGAAGACGAAGCACGCGCUGAACCGUGAAGACUCGUUCCUGCGGAAGUUCUCCACCAGAAACCACCAGAACCUCCAGAACUCCUCUCUGUCGGCGGACGAGGAUGUGCAGAGGUACCAAAACGCUUCCAAGAGAUUUGAGAGCCGCUUCGUCAUCCAGCACGACGGCAACUUCAUGUUCUACUGGCUCGGGGUCGUGACGCUAUCCGUGCUCUACAAUAUCUGGACCCCGAUCGCCAGGGAGGCUUUCAAAGAGAUUCAAGAAGGCUGUCACGUCUGCUGGUUCUUUUUCGACGCCUUGUUUGACCUCAUUUACAUUCUAGAUAUUGUGGUUCAAUUUCGCACAGGAUACCUCGAUCAAGGGCUCAUGGUAUACGACUCUAAAAAGCUUCGGGAUCGCUACAGUAAGUCCAAAGUGAUCUAUAUAGACUUUAUAAGCCUGCUUCCUUUGGACCUCGUACAGAUCGCUAUCGGCAUCCACCCAAUGAUGCGGUUUCCGCGGUUCCUCAAAGUGUACCGGACGUUCCGAUUCCUUCACAUGAUGGAGUCCCGGACGGCGUACCCGAACCUCAUCAGGGUGGCCAACUUGACUCACAUACUCUUUCUGGGCGCCCACUGGUUUGCGGCGUUCUAUUACAUGAUCAGUGAGGCGGAGGACUUUAAGGGCGACUGGGCGUACCCGAAGCCCGUCGGACCUUUUGCAGACGUCAAUCGAAAGUACCUGAGGUCGUUGUUUUGGUCGACCUUGACCUUGACUACCAUCGGUGACCUCCCCCCUCCGGAUAAUAACAAUGACCUUCGUAUGUCCAAUGCAGCAUAUGUGUUCGUAAUAGUCAGCUACCUCAUCGGAGUCUUUGUCUUUGCAACUAUAGUAGGUCAAGUCGGAAAUGUUAUCAACAACAGAAACGCAAGUAGACAAGAAUUUGAACGACUUCUGGAUGGCGCCAAGAUCUACAUGCAGACUCACAACGUGCCCCACAACCUCCAGAAGCGUGUCCAGAGGUGGUAUGAUUACGUGUGGUCGAGGGGGAGACUGAAUGGCUGUGACAUCAACUCCCUGGGUUUGCUGCCAGACAAGCUGAAGACGGAGCUGGCAAUACACGUGAACUUGGAGACGCUGAAGAAGGUGACAAUAUUCCAAGAAUGCCAGCCAGAGUUUCUGCACGACCUCGUUUUGAAAAUGAAGGCGUACAUUUUCACCCCGGGCGAUCUCAUUUGUCGUCGAGGGGAGGUAGCUAGGGAAAUGUUUAUUAUCGCCGACGGAGUCGUGGAAAUAAUAAGUGAGACAGGUGUGAUGUUAAAGAGAAUGGGAGCAGGUGAUUUCUUCGGAGAGAUUGGUAUCCUAAACCUGGACGGAGGUAUCAACAGGCGGACAGCAGACGUGAGGUCAGUUGGCUACUUGGAGCUCUUCGUCUUGUCCAGGGAGGAUGUUUUAGAGGCUCUGAAGGACCACCCGGAGGCAGAGUCCAUCAUCAGAGACUACGGCCAGAGGCGUCUACGAGAGGUGGAGGCUCACAGACAGAGAGUAAAACCUUUAAAAUGUCGAGGCAGCACUGACCAGCAGGGAAGUUUCUCCAAUGGGUCUCAAACCGUCCAGAACAGACUACUGCAGACACUUCGGAGCCUAAACCCGGCGGUCCGACGGCAGAGCGCGCAAAUCAUCAACCACAUCAGCGGCUCUCCGCCGGCGUCAACCACAACCGGGAACGGCCCGCCUUCUGGAAACCAAAGGGGGCAGAACUCUGACAGUGAAGUUCAAUUUACAUUCGAUGCACAUGAUGCCGAGAUCUCACCAAAAUUAAACAGACUCAAGCAGACCAAGGAGAAAAGUUUUGAGAGACAGGGAAGUGGAAAUGGACGCUCCCACGCAAUGUCUAUCAUUCAGACCCCUGCCUCAGACCUGACCUAUCAGAAUAUCUCAGCACAAAUCCAACAGAUGCAAAUACUUGUCGACAAACGAUUGAGUCAGUUAGAGGAAGUGUACAUGUCAACAUUUUCAAGAUUAGAUAAACUGGCAGAAACUCAACAAACAUUGGAGCGCCUAAUCAAGCAACUCUUGAAGCAGCAAAAAGAUCAAAGUGAUGCCCUAGGAGAGGAAGAAGAGCAGCUUACAGCCUCCAGAGUUUAAUGGGGUCAGACUAGGACUAGUGCUAACCAGUUUGAUGGUACCAUACCCUGACGCCAUAGCAACGUGACUCAAAAUUUAAAGCUGGAUAGAAUUUCUAUCCGCUGUCAUCCAGAAGCUUUCAACAUCAUGUUGAUAAUUCAACUGUGUGAUAAAAUGAUGUUGAUAUUAUCAGAUUCAAAUUUUUUUUUUUCUCGAAUGGAAUUAGUGGAAGAUAUUGACGUCCAAUGUCAAUUUCUCAUUCGUUCAGUUCUGAUGUUUCUUCCAUUAUGAGGGGAUAGAGCUGUGAUUUGUGUUAAGUUUUAAACACACUUUAAUCAACACUGUUGAUCAGUUUGAUUCCAAUAAAGUUUCUAAGAGUGUUGUCACAAGACUUCCUAAGAUUCAGUUUGAACUAUUAAGUCUGAACUUCUGUUUAGACAUUUGCUGUGUUCUGAUUAUGCAUUUACCAUAACAUUGAAUAACUUGUAAGUCAUUAUUAGCCUUGUUAUUACAACAAACACCAGUGAUUGAGGGGUGUGAGCAUUGCUGCCAAAGAGUUUUUUGCUCCGUGUCAAUAUUAAAAUGUUGUUUUAAAUGUGGUAUGCAUAAAAAUGCACAUAAGGACAGUCCAUCUGUACAUAGCUAUAUAGUUGCAUUGUUUAACAUAUUCCUGGUCAUGUAGUGGCUGCUUAAUUGGAUCGUAUGUGCUCUGGAUUGUUGUCUUCAUGGUCCCUCCUGCUGGAGGUUAGGGCUAGCAUGUAAUAAUCUUCAAUUCAGAUGAAGUAUCUGAAACAGUAAAAACAAAGCAAAUAUUCCACACAAGCAAAGUCUGUAACUUGAAUGGUAUUGAUCACUAUGAAUAGUCCUCAACAACCUAGCUAAUCUACCAUUACUUAGAACUUUUUCAAACAGUGAAGGCUGCCUAUCCUGUUGUUCACCCUACAACUAGUGAAAUUUAAUUUUCAGGGAAAUCUCAAAUGUUUCAAUUGUGAUUAAGGUGUACAUAAAUAUGCAUAAUUAUAUUGACUAAUUUGUUGCACAAUGAAAAGUAUAUGUGUAUAUGGUAGUACUAUGUUUAAUUUACAAUCUAAUGGACUCUUGGCUUUCGUGGAUUCAAUUUUCGCGGAAGAUCUGCAAAAGGGGUUUUAAAAAAAUAUUAAUAGAAAAAUCUCAUUGUUUUUAUAAAACUACACAUUUUUUUGCAGCAGUUCGAUGUGAAUGUACAACAUUCAUUCUAUAGCAGACUAUAGUAGCAGAGCCUUACUACACACACUUAUUCUUUUAUACUGUAAUGCAACAUACAGUACAGUAUUCUAUGACACUUUUAAAAAUGACUCACUAUUUAAGGAGGUUUUUAAAAAGAAACAGCAUGUUAAGUUUAUUAAGGGAAUGGGAAAUUGUUUUUUAGGGUUGAAAGUGUUAAAGGAUGUCCUGCGAUACUGUUCAUAUCCACAAAUAGUGUAUGUAUAUGAAAUCAUAUACUGCGUCUCCACUUUGCAGGUAGUCUUGGAACAUAUCCCCCCCCCCCAAAAGUCAAGGGAACACUGUACUCUACUUGAUUUGGAAAAUAUAUUAAUGCUAAGUUUAAUAAUUUUAUUGCAGUCACUAGGACUUUGUAUUAUAAUGUUUUCUUGUAAAGAUUUUUGCAUAUCAAUGAAUAGUAAACUCAACAUUUAAAUUGUAUCACAAACGUAUGUAUAUCUUUGAUAUAAAAAAAACAAACAUUUAAAAUCUUUUCAAUAUGAUAUUUUUAAAAAUUUCUGAUUAAUUAAAAGUCAACUGAACUGCUUGGGUUUGUAGUAUGCCCUUCAGGUUGUCAUUACAAUAAUCUUGAGUUUGAACUUUGACUGCUUCCAUCCCCUCCAGGCUGCCUAGUCAUGGGGUAUGUGCUCUGGACUGUUGUUCGGACUUCUCGAUGGUCUUGGGUUCAUACCCUGUCAAUCCCCAUCAUCCUGCAGAAGGUUUGGACUAGGAAGUAAAUUAUCUUCAACUUUGAAGGAACAUUGGAAACAUGUCGAAACAUUUUAUUAAACAUUUCAGAAACAAAUCAAACAGGUGGGAACUAAGACCUAAAACGUUUUUCUAUUCUGAAGGAAGAUCUGAAACUUAUCAAACAAACUCAAUUUCCUUUUUUUUUUUUUUUUGUUGUCUCGCUAAGUGAAAAUAAACUUCUCAUAUCAAACCUUCUGAUCUGUGAUCUGUGGUGAACUGUUAACAAGGGUGUCAUGUGACCAACUGCUUUACUUUUCCCAACCAAUGUUGACCAGGAUGGCUGCCUGGUCGUGCGGUAUGCGCGCUGGACUGUCGUUCAGAUUUAUUGAUGGUCCAGGGUUCAAACCCUGCCUGCUCCCAUCCCCCAUUGUCCUGCGGGAGGUUUGGACUAGGAAGUAAUUAUCUUCAACUCUGAAGGAACAUCUGAAACAUGUUAAACAUUUUACAAACAAUGUUGUACCCAUUAGAGCUGGGUGGACUCAGCGGCGCCCAAAAAAAUCCUGAAAUUAAAAAUCCCAGUUUUUACCACUCUGUCACCACUUUCCUUCUCACUAAGCAAUCAAUAUAUUAUUCUUAGAAUAGACACAUAACAAAAUCUUUGCAAGUUCAUAUUAAUUAUCUAAAUAGACAGAAUAUACAAUAUGCAGUUAUGUCUCAUUCUAUAAUGUAUUACAUUAUGUAUACAGUGUUAGUGAAACUGUAAUAAAUUACUUUUGUAUAUAUAUAGGUCCAAAAUUGUAAAAUAAAUUUUUUAAAAUAAAAUUGAUGAUAAUGUAUGUACAUUUAUUUCAUAUUCUCCAAAUUUGUAGUUUUAAUUUCUACUUUUGAUAAAAACUUUGAGGUUUUAAAAGUAAAAUUAAAUGAGAAUUAGCAAUGUCGAAAAGACAUUUUCUUAAUUUAAAAAAAUCCUGUUAAAAUUUAUCAUUUGACUGUGGUAAAACAAAAAUGUCACUGAGAAUAUUAGCUGACUUAAUAAGUUCUAGAUUUAUCAGAAUAUUCUAGAAUCUUAUAGAAUUUAAAAGAGUAUUCCGUCAUACUUAACUUUGAUAUUGAAAUGUUGAAUUUUAGUUUUUUUUAAUAUCAUCUCAUUAUUAAAAAGAAUAUUAAAUUCAUGCUUAAUAAAUCAUUUUUGUCAAUAAUCUUGUUAUUGGUUUCUGAAACUUAGAAUUAAAAAAAAAUAAAUAAAAGAUACAAUUCUUUUUGACAUUUAGAUGAAAGGUCAUAGUUUUUAGCUUAGGUCUAUUAUUUUCAAAAGAUUUGUAAAUUGUUUGUUAUUUUGAUUUUUGUUUAUUAACACUAACAGUAGUUCUAUUAUCAAAAGAUAUAUUUUUUUAAAAUCUGGUGUCAACAAAUACUCUGAGACAAUAAACUGAAGGCUCAGUUUCAGAAAUUUAUAAAAUUUUAAGGAUAUAUGUUAACCACUACAAAUUGUGUCACAAGUAUGUCACAAGAAAGGGGGGAGAUAACUUGUGAAUAAUUGGUAUUGUGUUUUUAAUAAAUUAAAUCCCUUUUGUUACAGGUUUUUUUUUUAAAGUUAAUAAUUGGUAAUUGUAAUGCAAGACUGUAUAGUUUCCUUUAAUGUGCAGCCAAACAUUCCAGGCUCACUUAUGUCUCACCAGCCACAUGAGGAGGCACAAAACCCCCAGUACAAAGCCAUCAGCCCCCUAAAUGACAAAAGCGUUCAUCAUCGAACCACGAUGGACGAACUAUAUAGACAUUUAUAGUUUUACUUUCUGCAAAGCUAGUGAUAGAGACAUCUCAUUGUAUUAAUUAUUUUUUUGUAUGAGUAGAAUUAAUAAGUGAAUUACAGCAAAGUUUAUUAUAUUUAGCUUAUGUAAUGCUAGUAUUUACUUUCACCAAUGCCAUGUCACGUGUGUAUGCAUUGAAUUGUGCACAAUGAAUUCUGUUCAUUCCGAAUACUGUUGUUGUAAAUAUCAUCAGCUAUUGUAUAGACUACAUUUAUUAAAAUGACAUUCACUUCUUCUC